CUCCCCGUCACUAGAUGGCGGGCGCGUCAAUCUCCAGCUCCAGCAGCCGCUUUAAAACUUCUUCCGCCGCUGCUGUUCGAGGCUACGCAAAAAUGGCCGCGAUCGGACGUCUGUCCCAGAAGCUCCUAAAGUCCGCUGCGCUGACCCAAACCCGUCAGCUGUCGGCUGCAGCGGCUCACGGCGAGCAAGCAGCCAAGACCUGGAAGAUCCUGUCGUUUGUGGUGGCGCUGCCCGGAGUCGCUGUGUGUAUGCUGAACAUGUACCUCAGGGCUCAACAACACCAGCAUGAGCAGCCCGAGUUCAUUCCCUACAGCCACCUGCGCAUCCGCAGCAAGCGUUUCCCAUGGGGUGACGGCUCCAAGUCGCUCUUCCACAACCCCCACGUCAAUGCCCUCCCUGACGGCUACGAGCAGCAUGAUCACUGAAAGCUGUCUGAAGCUCUGUCAGAUCUCUCCUUCAGGGACCAGAAAGCCCUCCGUCUCCUCUCAUUUCUCUGGACCACUCCUCUUUUUUUUUUUCAGUUUACAUAGCAUCAACAUGUUUAUCUUGCCUCUGUGCUCUCCACACCUAGUGGAAGUACCUUAUGGAAAGUUACAUUUACUUAAGGACCACUGUAUCACCUUAACUGCUUAAUCUGAAAUAAAUAAAAGUCUAUUUGUUAAAUUAUAAACCAUAUCAGAAGUCAAAUUUUUUGAAGGGAGUGAUUGAAGUAGUCAGAUCCUGCUGGGAUACACUGAUUUGCUAGUGUUUAAAUGCGGCAUUAUAGAUAUACAUUAUAGAAGAGAAAUGCAUAAAAGCAAAAACAAAUUAAACGGUUAACGGUUUAAUGGAGUGUGUAUUCUGUCCAUAGGUGCAGGAGACUAAAAAAAUAUGCAAAUAUUAAAAUGUACAUUAUAAAAAUUGUGUAUAUAUGUAUUGCUUACUCAGAAAUUAAAGGCUAAAAUGGAGAAGGAAAUGCCGUUUGUUCCUCCAGGCUCGCCGUACUAUCAAGACACUCUCACAUGACUUUACUCUUGUGACACAUUCCUUCACAAAAACGAAAUUUAAUGGCAUCAUGAAGCAUGAGAUCUUAUCAGUUUCCGUGUAUGCUGAAUAUAUUACUGGUAUUUGCUUCCUCGUGAAAUAGUUAACAGAAUUCUCUAAGCGAAAAUGAAUCUUUAGGUGAGUGGGACUCAGUAACACAGCUGAAGUUGGGUGUCAUGCUUAAAGUUUAUGUAAACUUCAUUCAACCCGCUGACGAUCACCAAUGGCAGAGACAGCAACUUUGACUCAUUCCAGACGCUUAUUCUUCCUCUACGAUAGUUCAAAGGUUCAAGAGGAGGGUGACCUGACUAGAGAUGGGAUUUACUAUUUCUCUCCUGAGGAUACACCAAUAGACCAACAAGAGCUGCUUUGUGGCCAGCUGGCCGGUGUGUGUCGUUGUGUAUCUGAGCUGUCCUCAUCUCCUGUACGUCUGCUUCGCCUGCGCAAAAGCAAAUAUGCAGUCCGCAUGGAGGAUAACUUUCUUUGGGCAUUGAGCUGUGUGGCUGACAUUCCUGAUGUGAGUGUGUGUGACUUACUUGAUCAGCUGAUUGCCCUCUUCUGUUUCUACAAUGGACCUGUGCAUCACAGCUACCAGUUGUACAGUAAAGAGGAGUUGGCUCUACGAUGGGCCAGAUAUCUCUGUCACCUGCAGGGCGGCUCCACUGAGCUGCACAACAUCUUCAGCUGCUUGAGGACCAUUGACUCCACGCAUAUUGACCCUCUGCUGCUGCUGAAGGCUGCUCUUAUUCUUCAGGCAUGUCAGCGAUGUCCUUUGGUCUUGGCGGGCUGUAUCCUCUACAGGGGCAGGGUGGUUAGUACCCAGAUGCCGCUUGCGCUGACAGUGAAGGUGAUGGCGUAUGAGACGCAAACGUACAGCCAGGAUUUCCAGGUGAUGGCCAAUGGCCUGAGCUCAUCGGUGGGCUCACCCUCCUCUUCCACAGUUACCACACAGGUGUUCCUGAUGCCCACUGAACUGCACAUGCUCCGCUGCCCCCCAGUGGAUAGAGCAUGCAGGUCUCACUGCAGUCAACCUUCCUGCCAACCCAGCAAGUCCCGCCUCUUGUCGCGCACUUUAUCUGACACCCCAACCACAGAUACUGACUCUUCAGGCUUCGAUCCCACACAUUGUCCCCCAACAUCCUAUCAGACAGUGCCAUCUUCUCCUCGCUCCUCACUCUCUGAUGAACUGUGUUUCAGUCCUUCUCCAUCACGUGUUAACACUCCCAUUAACUCCAAUCUCAUGAACCAAUCAGAGUAUUUCGCUCCUGACUCACAUGACCUCAGCACAUCUAACGGGACCAACUUGUGUGCGGUGGAAGAAAGCUUGGCAGGCCUGAACAUAAAGCAGGGUAUAGAUGCAAACUCGGGGUCAGAACAUUCAGAUCAGGACAUUCAGAGUGAAGAAAUCAAGGCCCUCGCCAAUGGCAAUGAGCAGUCAAACUUUCUUGACAACCAAUCUGACCUUGGCAACCUGAUGAAAAGUGAAGAAAAUAAACUGGAUGUUAACAAUCAUGUGAUCAAUAAAAAUGGAACAUUCCAAGAAGAAACUGAGGAAGAGGCAAAAUCAAAGAGCAAACAAGUCAAUAGGAAACUCAAGAAGAAAUAUGAACCCACAAACACCCCCUCACCACAUGAGAGCCUAGCAGACACCUCUCUCGUGCCAUCUCUAUUAUACCAGCAUAGAGUCAAAGGUUUGGUGUUGGCCCUGCUGGUCGAGCCUGAGUUCAACACAGACCCCUCCGCCAGAGAUGAAGUGCAUCACAGCAGCUUGGCAUCAUUAAACGGGCUUGAGGCUCACUUGAGAAAUACCUCACCUGGGACACCAGGCCCACCCGGGCCCUACACCUUUGCUCACUAUGACUGCAUUCAAAACACUCUGACUACUAAUGUAUGUGGGCGCUCCGUUGGACCCCAGGAUCAGGCCUUUGUGAAGGCCACUAAGCUGGUCCAUUCACAUUUCUCACGCUUAGACACACUACAGGAAGCCAUUGUCAGGAACGCCAGCUCGGCAGUGUAUGGAACCCGUACCACGGCCCAGGAGACAUAUUUUCUCCAGCAGGGAACACCUGUCAGAAACUCGGGAAGUCCUGAUCCUCAGGAUAGUGCCUUCUCACUACCCAGAAAAGCCCGUCUGCGGCUCCUUAAACAUGGAGUUAACCUGCCUUAGCUGGGCUCUUUUUAUUUAAGAUUUGAAUUCCUGUUAUAUCUCUUUCUUUUCAUAGAUAUUCACCAUAUUUGUAUGUCUCUCGCACCUUGCAGCUACCCAGAAUGUAAUUAAGGCUUAUAUAAUAGGCUAUUUAUAAUAGGCUGCUGUUUGUUCAUUUUGUAAUUAAAAGUAGAGGCUGAAAUUUAUAAUAUACUGUCAUUCCAAGUAAUACUAACAUAUAUAGGAGGUGUCUCCAUCCGAGAGACAGAUUCUGCUGUAGCCCUUUACUGUUUAAGUGGAAUAGAGAACUGAGGCUAAGACCAUUCAGUGUUACUGUUAGAUAGAUGUGUAUAACUGUUGAAACUGCCAGCUUUUUUUAAUGGAACAAAAUUGUGCUAGAGUCUUAAUAAAUCUCCUUUAGUAAA